UUAGACAUAUGACAACAGUCCUGCACUUGGCCUGAGAAUAUCCAAAAUGAGAUAAAGCAAAUAAUAAACAUUGGUCAUACUAUUGCAGAUCGAUCAAAUGGCAAAUCUGGUCUUCUUUGCAUUAUGCAGUUUAUGCUUCGCAUCUCACGCUUCUUCCCAAUCUCUAGACAUCACCGCGAUAGUUGAGGGAACCGAUGUUGUAAUCACGGGAGGGCCAACCCGUGUAUUUGUCAAUACCCUUAUAUGGAAUAUCACCGUUUUGGACGAUAGAUGGAGUGAUGUUAUGCUCCGGUCGUCUGCAGACGACAUUUCGUUUGGUUAUUCAACCUGGCUGGGAAUCGACCCUCAUAUCUAUAGUGGCUAUUCUUUCAGAGUGUCGACAAAGCUAAAGCAAGUCAAGGCCACUGGGGUCGAGUUUUGGACGAAAUCUGAUGACCGCAAAUCAAUAGUGUUCUUAAUAACGACAGAAGAUCCUGAGCAUUGGAUACGUUUUCAAAUAGGGGACUUCACGGAGACUCAUUUUAGUAUCUCCGCUAAGUUGUUCAAUGAGAAUACAGAUGCCAAGGAACCGGGAAGCAAAUACUGCUACGACAUAGCGAAAGAAGUCGGUGAUGAUGUUUUCCGAGCUCUUAAAGAUCUUACACCAAAUGGUAUUUGUGAUGGGUUGGACAUAUGCUCGAAAAGUACCCAUGGUUUAUACUCUAAUAACUUUAAAAAGAAAAUGUUGAAAUUACUUAAACAGCAAAGGAUAUCCAAUUUUCUGAAAAACAAUACUAUUUGUGAUCUCUGCUUGGAGGUUUUUGAAAAGCUUAGUUCAGAGCUACAUUCUUUUUUACCAAAUCCGGAACAAAACAUAGAAGAAACAAUGAUGUCAUUAUGUGAUCAAACCGGUCAAUACAGACUUGACAUCGGCUUUCAAGGAGGCUCAGAAGAGGGAUUCUUCGGGUUCGGGGAGCGGUUUAACGGGGUAAACCAAAGGGGAAAUUCCCUGUAUUGCUGGACUGAAGAUGGUGGAUUCAGUCUUAACAUCUUGCCUGAUACAAGAAUUCCUCAUUUCUUUACGCCAACAGAAACAUACAUUCCUUCUCCAUAUUUUGUAUCUUCGAGGGGAUAUGGGCUUUAUAUGAAUACAACUUUUAGGACAUCGUGGGAUAUGCUUCAUACAAAUGGACAAAGCUUCUCGAUACAGAAUGAAAAUACAGAAAUGCAGUUGAUUGUAUUAACAAGGAGGACUCCAUUAGAGAACAUGCAAACGUACACUGCCCUCACUGGUCGCCCCUUAAUUCCUCCAACAUUUGAAUUUGGUCCUUGGAUCCGUGCGUCUCAGGAAAUCCAUAUCAGUGACAAUGUCCAAGCGUUCCAGAAGCUGCACCAAAUGGACAUCCCAUCAAGUGUACUGUUUGAUUCAAACCAUUUCUUCCCCGAAGGUGGUGACCAUAGCAACACGAAAAAAACAACAAAUGAGAAACUGAAAACGAUGGGUAUAAUCCCUCUAGCGUACUUCAAUAGCAUGAUAUCAACAUCAUACAUUCCUGUCUUCGAGGAGGCUGAAAACUCGGGUUACCUCAUCAAGCUUAAUAAUCAGACAUACAUAUUUAGCUAUAAAGGGGCAGGUCCAAACCCAUUCAAGGUUGGCAUGAUUGAUUUCACUGCACCGGGAGCCGUGGAUUGGUAUGGGAGACAGUUAAACCAAUCGGUCCUAGUUUCCUAUAAUGGGUUCACAUAUGACUAUGGGGAGUACAUCGAUCCUGAAUGCACUUUUCAUAAUGGCAUGACAGGGAGAGAAAUGCACAAUUUAUAUCCAGUUCUCUACCAAGAGGCAGCAUACUCUUUCUUUGAAACCUUUGAUGCCAAUCCAGAUGAUGAAUAUGCUCCACCAUACGUUUAUUGCUGUCGAUCAGGUUAUAGCGGAUCUGGGAAGAGUAACUGGGCGACAUGGACAGGAGACCCGAUGUGUGAUUGGUCAAAUGAUUCAGGCCUACCUGCACAGGUGCAUGCCAUGUUGAGUGCCAGUAUCUCUGGUAUAUCAUUCAUAGGAUCUGACAUAGGUGGAUUUGUUUGGUUUGAUCCGCCUUCUGCAGAACUGUGGUGCAGGUGGGCCCAAGUCGGUGCAUUUUCAGGCAUAAUGCGCACGCAAGAUGGGGGUACUGCAAUGUCGGGUCAACCCAAAUCCCACAUAUUAGACACACCGGAAGGGGUAUACGUGUGGCGAAAGAUGGCUAAACUCCGAACGGCACUUUUUCCUUACAUCUACACCAGCGCGCAUGCCUCACACUAUGAAGGGAUCCCAAUCAUGAGACACCACAUAUUAAGUUUUGCAGACGACCCUACCGCUCGCGCCAUUGAUACACAAUAUAUGUUUGGACCUGAUUUCCUGGUUGCUCCCGUCAUUGAGGAACAUUCCAAAAAGCAAUUAGUAUACCUACCUCGUUCUUCAACUGACAUAGACCCUGUUGAAUGGUACGAUAUAUCUCAGAUGAACUACGACAAUAGAACUGAUGGGAGGUUCAGAGUUGGCAAUACAAAACUCGUCAGUGGAGGACAGAGUGUCGUAGUUGAUGCCCCCCUUGAUAUAGUACCAAUAUUCGUACGAGCAGGAGCCGCUGUUCCGACACUUGAUCCCUCAGUUUGGAGCCUUGGUAACUCAUCUGAUCCUUCCUUCGUAUCGUUAGGCAAUCGCUCUAAUAUCCUGCAUUGGUGGGUAUGGCCAAAUAAGACAGGUGGCGCUAUUGGUCGUUCGUAUGACGGUACCUACAUCGUACUUCAUCAAUUGUCAAAACGCUAUAUUGGUGAUCAUUAUAAAAAUGGUGACGUCAUUAGAAUGUCAAUCGAUUCGGAUAAUAGCGACAUGGGAAAUGAACAUGAAGUAGCAAUCAAAAUGUUGGAAAUAUAUGACAGAAUGGAAAGAACAGCUAUCAUACAAAUAGCCCUACCCGAUAUAGGAGCACAACCCAUUGAAUUCUCAGUCACUGAUGACCGAAAUUAUGUAUACAAAAUGGCGGAAAGUUGGAAAGUCCUAAGUGAUAUAACAAUGCCCACAUCUAACCACUGCCAGUGGUUCUUUGACACGGACAACUUGGUCCUUUGGAUAAAAGGAACUUUUACGUGCAAUGAUUUGAGUUCAAACAAUAAUUUUGAAUCAUUUGGCAAAAGAACAUUGACAAUAAGGCAGAUAUAGUUACACAGCAAUGGCAUAAUAUAGUAAGCAUUCGUGAAGUGGAAAACAUCCCUCAAUACAAUACUCUUCAAAGAAAACCCUUAACUUUAUUAGUACUAUGAUAAGUCAUGAGAGUUAUCCAAGACAUCAUUUGACACAGUGCCUUGAUGUUUGGAUGUUUUUCUGGCAUUUAGAAUUCUUUCUCAGAGGCUGACCUUCAAUCUUCAAUGUAGUUCUUUCAUAUUUUUCCUAAAGAAUCAUCUCAGAUAGAACUUUAAUAGACUUAUGUUGUAUGAUUCCUCUGAGAUCAAGCUGAGAUAAUGAUAAUUUUAUGAGACAGACAACAUGAGCUUAAUGACUCGAAACAUUCCGUUAUAAAUCAGUCUACCACGAUCAGUAUCGAUAUAAUGAAAUUCUAUUUCGAGUUUCAAUAAAAUGUUCUCAUCGACAUUUGUUUCAUGUAGAAAACAUGGGUGUCUCAAGAACUUCUAAUUUAUUUAUAUCCAAUUCCUUGCAGAAAAAGGGAGAAGACUUAAACUAGGAAUUGAAUAUAAUCAUAAUGGUUUGCAUUGUAGCUCGUUUGUGAUCAUUCAGUAAAGUCGUAAGUCUGUACUCGUCUUUUUGCACGAAUAAAGACACGUUUUAGCUAUAUUUAGGUUAUGUCCGUUCUGGAGAUGGAUUUUAAUAACUUGGUGGCGUCCAAUGACUCUACUAUUGCAAUGAACCUUGCCUUUAAUUGCUUAAAAAUAGUUUUAUGAAUGACGUUAAUGUUUUCAUAAUAAUGCAAAUUACCAAUUAAGCAUCUCACAAGAUAAAGUUAAUGUGUUUUCGUUUUUUAUUUGUAUUUCUCAGGGUGUAAACAUGAUUGAUCCAUGAUGAGACAAUGAUUAUACACAAUUAAUAUAACAAUAAAAGUUAUCAGUAUCAACAGAGUAAGAUGUACAUUCUAAGAAACAAAAAUAUAAU